CUAUUUGGGAAAUGAGCCCAGCGCUCAGUUUGUUCGAACUCUUUCUUUUGCUGGAUUUGAGUACUACGCGUGCACAGAGGACUCACCGGGUUUUUGCGUAGUAUAGAGUGACAAAUCAACCCUAUCUCACGGCGAAUUCGUACUAUUUCGUACGAAUUAACCAAGUGGCUAAAUCGUACGAAUUCGUACGAGCUGGGUCGUACGAAUUCGUACGAUUUGUUCCUUGCAUUUAAAACAACCUCGUCAAGGCGAAUUCGUACUAAUUCGCACGAUUUAAUUACGUGGUUAAAUCGUACUGUAUAGUACGAUUUCUUGUUCGCGUUGAAUAACUCUCGAUUGGAAAGCAUCGCGAUAUUAAACAGCAGUUACACGUGCCACAUCUCGUUACUUCAGAUCCUACACUAAUCCUUCAUAUAGACUUCCUUCGACAUAUCAACCCAACGGCUCUUUUAAGAGCCAUCUCUUUCAAAAGCGCUCUCUCUCUCUCUCUCUCUCUCUCUCUCUCUCUCACUCACUCACACAUACAUACACAGCAACUCUUUCCCCCUCCAUCCCUCUUCUCUUCCUCCCUCCAUCCUUCUUCUCUUCCUCCCUCCCUCCAUCCAUCCCUCUUCUCUUCCUUUGUGUCUCUGUCUUUUGACUUUUCUUUGAUUAUUUCUCUUUCUCAUCUUCAAUAUGGCAUCUUGUCAAAACUCAGGUUUUGACCAAUUAUGUCAGGAAGCUGCAAUUAUUACAAGGGAACUUGAACUCAAAGCUGCCAGUGCUGCACUUGAAGCAGCUACCAAGGAGGCUGAAGAAAUUCUACAAACCUUCAACCCUCCACCACUGAAAAAGAAGACCAAACAAGCCUGUAGCACUCGUGUCAGACCAGUCUCUUUUGUAGAGAGGGAUGAGUUUGGGCAUCUUGUGCCAAAACGGAGAAGGCCAAAACUCACCAAGGCAAACAUUUCCAAAUCUACAACGAUUAACAGUCCAGCUAUGUCAUCUUUGGAGUCUGGGCAAGUAGAGAUUGAUCAUGGUGAAGUUCCAUCACAGCCUUCUCACACUGUUUGGCCAGCAGUUGAAGAUAUAGAAACUCUUCAUCAAGAGGUAGAGGAUCUGUUGGCUGAUACUGGAGACAUUCAGUGCUCAAAUCCGACCUCCUCAAACACAUGGUCAGUUCGCAUGGCCCAGGCUAAAAAGAAGUGGGCAGCUUUGAGGCCCGAGAUGGUGGAAUCUUUAUUAACAGCUGAGUACACGGAUAUCAGACAGUGCCAGCACUGCCAACUGAAGCGAUCUGUUAUCCGCUGUAAAGACUGUGUUCCUAAACAGCUGUACUGUGCAGACUGCGAUAUAUUGGCCCAUGAAAGGAAACUGCACAACCGAGAGACAGAUGUAGAGGGAUUCUUUCGGGCCAUAUCCCCGUCUACUUUGGUGAAGGUGGAUAUUGACAACCAAUUCCAUUUUGAGGAAAAAGAUUGUCUUUUGCCUCUAGAGACACCUGAUCAAAUUUGCAGCUGUGCCACUGAUACCAUUGUGGUGUCAGGAGGUAAAAAGGCUAUUCUCAUUGGAAUUGAUGGUCGCUACAACGUCAGCUUGCCAACCUUCACAUGCUCAACAUGCCAUAUGAGCAGAACGACCAGCAUCCCACACCUGAUCAAGUCUGGUUACUGGCCUGCCACAGCAAGCUGUGAAACACUUUAUAAAAUUGAUGUGUUUGUGUCAUACGACCACAUGAAAUUGACUGCUCCUGGACUUUCUAGACAGUCCUUCGUCAGUUUAUUGGAACAGCGGACGGAGUUCUUUGGCCGAGAUGGAAAGAUCUGCACAGAUGCUUUUCAAAGAAGUUUUUUCGAAUGGAGAUACUGCCAGUUCCAAAUUGAUCAGCUCUGUGGACUGAAAGUGUUUGAGUGUCCAGCCUGUUCUCCAUUUAUGCUUGCUGUGUCAGUCGAUGGUAACAGGAAAUUGUAUCGCUUCAAAAGAGGGGCUGAAGAUCAUGGUCUGUUCAAGGGUGUCUUUGUCUGUGAGGAUGAAGAUGUUUCCAAGUUCGUGGACUACAUUAAUAAGAAGACAAAGCACUCCGCUGGAAAAGGUGUCUGUGGAUCGAGUCAGUGGACUGCAGCACGGGAGUCCAUCCCAAAGAAAAUCAACAAGCUGGAUGAGGAGGGGAUGGAGGUGGCUGUCUGUCGGCAUGGUGUGCUGCUGAGAAGUCUGAACAUGAUGAGGGGGGAAAUAUUUGCAUAUCCGUUGUUUCUCCAAAAGGAGCUGACGCCAAGGAAUGUUCAGUUCAUGUGCACUGACGUAAUAUGCAAGUACUGGCCAUACCUGCAGAGAGUUGUUAAUGAUUGUCCAGAGCUUUCUCCUCUCCUGCACAUGAAGCCAUUCCUGUCAGUGAUGCAUGCAAAGGCCCACUCUUGGAAAUGUGAGAUUAAGUGGGGUGGCCGAAACCAAGAAGGAGCAGGCACCACCUUGGGUGAAGAGGUGGAACAAGUAAACAGCUUCUUGUCGAGAACUGCUAUAUGCAGUAAAUACAUGACCAAAGGAGCUAGGACAGACAUGAUUACUAUCCAGGCCAUGGCAUGGAAUCAACGCAAAAUUGACAACCUUGCAAACGUGCUGUCCCGAAGAUUAAUAAAGACAAAAGCACAAAUUCAGGAGGAGUCCCUAAAUCUUGAUGCACUAAAGACAGAGUUUGCAGUAACAGAUGACACACUUAAAGACUGGACCAGUGAAAUCCAGCAGUGGGCUGAUACAGCAACAAGUAAGGAGAAUGCAAGCAGUCAACAGGGACUCCAGAAGACAAUUGAGACUCUUUAUGUGAGCAUCAGGCAGAGGAAGCGAGAUCUUUACCGUCAAACAGAUGGAAACAAAAGAAGACACAAACUCCGUAGAAAAAUUUUGGAGGAAAAGGCCAAAUUUAGUGCAGCUGUGGAUGAGUACAACAGGGAAGCACCUGAAAAGCUGCAGUCAGCCGACUCAAUUCUGGCAUGUGAGAGCUAUGCAUGGCCAUGGGUACUGGAUGAGCGUGAUAAUCUUGUCACCAAAAAAAGGGCCUUUGACCAACUGAUGCUGCUAAAGCGCCUUACCGAAGAGGAGUGCAUUGUCCUGAAUGAAAUCAGGAAUCACUGGAAAAGCCUCAAAAGGGAUCUGUCUCUUCUAAAUGACCUUUCAUGUCAUGUUGCUGUUGAUAUAACAAAGAAGAAACAGGACUCUGACCUUUCCAAAAGUGGAAUUCUGGGACUUCACGCUCUACUACAGAAAAAACUAUGCUACCUAAAAAGUCACAUAUCCUCGGUUCGGCAGCUGUACGGUAGUGUCCUAGACAAUUGUGAGGUGUGUGAGGAACUGCAAGAUGAUGAUUACCUUAACAUGGAUGAGGAUUAUAUCCAGUAUGGUUCAGAGGAUGAGGAGGAGGAUGAAGACGAAGUUUCAUUUGAAAUUUAAAAACCUUGUAAAUCAUUACUGUGAAAAAACUGAGUAACAUACACUAAUUUAUGAUACUCAUUUAAUUUCCAUUAAAUCUUAACUGUCUAUAUUACUUGAUAAAACACUGACAAGGUGUUGUGCAAAUGUGUAAUCCUACUGUUAAAUUCUUGUUUUUAUAUUAAAUUUCAUAAUUUACAUGGUAAAAAUUGCACUGUAAAAUAUUACUUGCAUUCACUAUUAUUUAUUGUUAAAUAGCUUCUUGAUGUAACCUGUAAUAUUCAUGACUAUAUGUACAAUGUUUUACCAAAAUGUACCAAAUUCAUGACAAAUUCACAGAGAAGCUCCCAACCAGUUUUGUUGUUUACAGUAUGAGUGUGCUGCAGAUUUGUCCAAUAAAUGUGCUAAACUGCUUUGCUCUAGAGCUGAUAUAACUAAAAUGCCUACCCAGGUCCUUUUUCAUCCUUGCCCUAAUAGACUGAUUGACAACUGGUUUAUUUGAUUUUUAGCCCAUUUCAGGUGAGUACUGUUGGAUUUGUGUGUAAUGAUUCAAAUUCAGGAUCUUAUUUCAGGCUUAAGACUGUUUUCAGAAGCUUACAUGUGCCACAUUUUUUUAAAAGCCUAAAAACAGCUCAAACAUGCAUUUUAGUCCAGGACUAUCUUAAGCCUUGUCUGUGAAACUGGGGGUAAAUGUUUAUGUAUUUAAUAUGUGUAAUUAAUUAAUAUAUUUAAUUAAUAUUACUUAACCCCAUGGUGUAUGCAAUGGAUGGAAACCAUUUGGCCCUUGCUUAGAAGAGCCUAACUUAAAGCCUAUUUCUACAUCAGGUUAACCACACAAAGGAAUCUAUCGUUUAAAAAUGCUAGUUUACGUUUAAUGGGAAAUUAUAAAUGUAUAAAACAUAACCAAAUAAAUGUUUAUAGGAAUCUUGCAUUCAUCUCAUUAAUAAAUUCGCCAUAUAAAA